AAAACGUACGAUUCAAGGUAUUAAAUAUGUCCCCACAAAACAAACUAUUUCCCGCGGCUUUACGUUGUCUCUUUCCAGUGACCUUCCUCUUCUCUUCUUAAACUCUAAAGACUUAUAAAUAUCUCCACCAGCUUCUCCAUAAUCAUCACAAGCAUCACAACUCCAAAAACCGAAAAGCCAAAUUAUUCAAACUCAAAUCAAAUCAAGAUGAAAUGCAUGGUAAAGAAGCUACUAUGUUGCGGAGCCAAGAGCUUCUCCCAAAGAGCUAGAUUACCGGAGGAAGGACGAGUCCGAGUUUAUGUCGGAAACGACAGAGAUACACAAUGCAAGUUAGAGAUGGAUGCUGAUUUCUUGACCCACCCAUUGUUCGAAGAUCUCCUUCGAUUAUCCGAAGAAGAGUUCGGUCACUCAUACGACGGUGCUUUGAGGAUCGCCUGCGAGAUUCAAGUCUUCAUGAACUUGAUCCAUUACCUUAAGUCCACGAGUCAUUCUCCUCAUUACAUUGAUGCAUCUCAUUAUCUUCAUUAAUAUUUAUAGUGGUGAUGAUGGGAAUAGAAGAUAGUGUCCUUCUCACGUAUGAGUACUUGAUACUUCACAUUAUUCUUUGAAGAUGAUCUCUUCUUAUCCUUCAUUCUUCAACAAAGUUGGAAGAUGUUCCACAUUUUUUUUAUUAUUAUUUAUGAUUUGGGAGUGAAAGCAAAUGUAAUUUCAUCUCGAUCUUUAUUAUUUUUCCUUCUUUUUUGGGAAAUUGACAAUACAUUUUUUAAUGUUGUAGGGUUUAGUUUUGUGGGUCAAAGUUAUAUGAUGAACAUUUGUUUUUGCCAUUAA